AUGCCAGCUCUGUGGCGCUCCACUUUCGUCCUGGUGAUGGUACUGCUUGCCAUUAGUAGGCCCAGCUUGGCAUCUCAGCCCACAGGAAAUGGAACAGAACAUACUAUCACCACCCUGCCCAUCGUUAUUUGGAAGUGGGAGGGAAUUAAGUUCCCAUACCUGGUGGCACUCUGGAUCCUGGUCAGCUGGCUCUGCAAACUUGUAUUCCAGCUGAACCCCGGCCUGACCAGAGUGAUCCCGGAGAGCGGCCUCCUCAUUUGCAUCGGUUGGGUCCUGGGCGGCAUCAUCUAUGGGGCAGACAAGGUGCAGACCUUCAGACUGCAGCCCUUCACGUUCUUCUUCUACCUGCUGCCCCAGAUCGUCCUGGACGCGGGCUACUCCAUGCCCAACAAGCUGUUCUUCGGCAACUUGGGCGCCAUCCUGGUUUACGCUGUUAUUGGCACCUGCUGGAACGCUGCCACUUUGGGACUCGCCCUUUGGGGGUGCUGGUUGGGCGGGGCCAUGGGUAAUAUCGACACUGGUCUCCUGCAGUUGUUGUUGUUUGGGAGUCUGAUUGCUGCUGUGGAUCCCGUGGCUGUGAUUGCUGUGUUUGAGGAGGUCCAUGUCAACGAGGUCCUGUACAUCCUGGUGUUUGGGGAGUCCCUUCUCAACGACGGCGUCACAGUGGUGCUGUUCAAUGUGUUUGAUGCAUUUGUGUCGCUUGGAGGGGGACAAAUCGACGCUGUAGAGAUCAUCAAAGGCAUAAUCUCAUUCUUCGUGGUGGCGGUUGGAGGCUCCCUGGUUGGUGUCGUCUUUGCUCUGCUGAUCUCGCUCCUGACCAGAUGCACCAAGAACAUCCAGAUUAUCGAGCCAGGCUUCAUCUUCGUCCUGGGCUACCUCUCUUACCUCACAGCCGAGAUGCUCUCCCUAUCCGCUAUCCUGUCGUGUACAUUCUGUGGGGUCUGCUGUCAGAAGUAUAUCAAUGCCAACAUGGACGAGAGGUCGGUCAGCACGGUACGAUACACAAUGAAGGUGUUCGCAAAUGGCUCAGAGACCAUCAUCUUUGUCUUCCUCGGCAUCUCGGCCAUAGAUCCGUCUUUAUGGGUGUGGAACACAGCCUUUAUCCUCCUCACACUCCUCUUCAUCUUUGUGUUCAGGUUCAUAGGGGUCUUUUUACUGACUUGGAUUCUGAACCAGUACCGACUGGUUCCCUUGGACUUUAUUGAUCAACUAGUGAUGGGCUACGGUGGCCUACGAGGGGCCGUAGCCUAUGGCCUUGUGCUCCUGCUGGACGAGAAUAAGUUCAAGGAGAAGACACUGAUGGUCAGCACCACCCUCAUAGUGGUGUACUUCACUGUCAUGUUGCAGGGAAUAACCAUGAAACCACUGGUCACCUGGCUGAAAGUGAAGAGGGCAGCAGUGACAGAACGCACACUAGCUGAAAAAAUACAGAAUAGGACCUUUGACCACAUGCUUGUCGCCAUAGAGGACAUUUCUGGACAAAUAGGAGAUAACUACAUGAGAGACAAGUGGAAUAACUUUGAGGAGAGGUGGUUGUACUGGCUCUUGAUGACACCCAUUGCCAGGAAGUCUUGUGACCCCAUAUUCAACAUUUUCCACAACCUCAACAUCAAGGAUGCCACAAGCUAUGUGAACGAGGGAGAACGCAGAGGCUCAUUGGCGUUCGUACGUAAUGAAAGCAAGGCCGAUGUCGAUUUCAAUAAGAAGUUUGGUGACGAUUUGUCAGAGAUGAGGCCUUACAUCAUGACAGAAAAUAUGGGACCAGAUCAUGUUCCAGUCUCCUCCAUUUUACGGGACAGUGUGCCCUCUGUCUGCCUGGACAUGCAUGAGCAGGACCUGAAGAUGAGGGAGUCAGAGGACUUUGACGCACACCAUCUACUGCAGCAGCACUUGUACAAAGGCAGGAAACAGCACAGACACAAGUACAGUCGGAAGCAGCUCGAAGUCAACGAGGACGAGCAUGAGGUGCAAGAGAUCUUCCAGAGAACCAUGAGGAGCCGUCUAGAGUCAUUCAAGUCAGCCAAAAUGGGUGUCGCUCCACCCAAGAUAAGCAAGCAUUUAAAGAAAGACCAGCCACAAAAGAUGCCAAAUGGAAAAUCCACGGAUAACAGUAAAAGCCAUACUUAUGGAGAUGAAGAUUUUGAGUUUUCUGAAGGAGACAGUGCCUCUGGUUGCGAGGCUGCUGGCGGUUCAUUCCCUAUGAGAGCCUAUAGAGGAGCUGGAAUCGUCAACCCAGCUUUCAUGGCGGAGAUGGACACCAUGGACCCCAUGCCACCAAUGCAGCAGAUUCCUUCAUGGCUGGCUGAAGCCGAGGUGGACAGCAGCACCGUGGUCCCUUCUCAGAGGGCUCAGCUGAGACUGCCCUGGACACCGAGCAACCUCCGCCGCCUGGCUCCGCUGCGCCUCAGUACCCAUUCCAAUGACUCCUUCGUGCUGGCUGACUCCCCUGCCACACAGGAGGGCAUCUCUGAGCUCCCACCACCACCUCCCCCAAAAGACGGACAGGAUCAGGGAACCCACAAGUAGCCCUUCCACAAACUGACCUCUUGACCCCUAACCCUGGGUCCAGGUUCUGACCCCAGUUGCCAAAGAUCAAACUGCAGACAUCAGAC